GGGGCGGGGCUUUGCGGACGCACGGACGUCGAAGCGCUGCUCCGGGAGCCGCGGAGGCUGCGGGCUUGGCUGCGGCGGUUGCUGUGGCGGCGGUUGGAGUUUCAGGACCACUGAUAGCGCCAGUUGUCUCAUACCCGGCUACAGUAAGACAGCCCUAAAACGAAACCUUUUUUGGCUCCUGAGAUUUGACAGAUGGAAGAAUGACAGAUGGAAGAAUCUUGAAGGUUGGAGAGAAAUCCAGGUACCCACUUGACUGUUACCUUCUGCUACCAUGGGGGAGCUUUUCCGGAGUGAAGAAAUGACGCUGGCCCAGCUUUUUCUACAGUCAGAAGCUGCUUAUUGUUGUGUCAGUGAAUUAGGAGAACUUGGAAAGGUUCAGUUUCGUGACUUAAAUCCAGAUGUGAAUGUUUUCCAACGGAAAUUUGUGAAUGAAGUUAGAAGAUGUGAAGAAAUGGAUCGAAAGCUUCGAUUUGUUGAGAAAGAGAUAAGAAAAGCUAACAUUCUGAUUAUGGACACCGGUGAAAACCCAGAGGUUCCCUUCCCCCGGGACAUGAUUGACUUAGAGGCCAAUUUUGAGAAGAUUGAAAAUGAACUGAAGGAAAUCAACACAAACCAGGAAGCUCUGAAGAGAAACUUCCUGGAACUGACUGAAUUAAAAUUUAUACUUCGCAAAACUCAGCAAUUUUUUGAUGAGGCUGAAUUGCAUCAUCAGCAGAUGGCGGAUCCAGACCUGUUGGAAGAGUCCUCAUCCCUCUUGGAGCCAAGUGAGAUGGGAAGAGGCACGCCUUUAAGACUUGGCUUCGUGGCUGGUGUCAUUAACCGGGAGCGCAUCCCUACUUUUGAGCGCAUGCUUUGGCGGGUAUGCCGGGGAAAUGUGUUCCUGCGACAGGCUGAAAUCGAGAACCCCCUGGAGGAUCCUGUGACUGGUGACUACGUGCACAAGUCUGUGUUUAUCAUUUUCUUCCAAGGUGAUCAGCUGAAAAACAGAGUCAAGAAAAUCUGUGAAGGGUUCCGAGCCUCGCUCUAUCCCUGUCCUGAGACACCACAGGAGAGGAAGGAAAUGGCUUCCGGAGUGAAUACUAGAAUUGAUGAUCUCCAAAUGGUUCUAAAUCAAACGGAGGAUCACCGCCAGAGGGUUCUGCAGGCGGCUGCUAAGAACAUCCGUGUCUGGUUCAUCAAAGUUCGGAAGAUGAAGGCCAUCUACCACACCCUGAACCUGUGCAACAUAGAUGUGACUCAGAAAUGCUUGAUUGCAGAGGUCUGGUGCCCCGUCACCGACCUUGACUCCAUCCAGUUUGCACUCAGAAGGGGCACGGAACACAGUGGUUCCACUGUACCUUCCAUUUUGAACAGGAUGCAGACAAACCAGACUCCCCCAACCUAUAACAAAACCAACAAGUUUACCUAUGGCUUUCAGAACAUAGUAGACGCUUAUGGAAUUGGAACUUACCGAGAGAUAAAUCCAGCUCCAUAUACUAUUAUCACAUUCCCUUUUCUAUUUGCUGUGAUGUUUGGAGACUUCGGUCAUGGCAUUUUAAUGACCCUUUUUGCUGUGUGGAUGGUACUGAGGGAGAGCCGGAUCCUUUCCCAGAAGAAUGAGAAUGAGAUGUUUAGCACUGUGUUCAGUGGUCGAUACAUUAUUUUAUUGAUGGGUGUGUUCUCCAUGUACACUGGCCUCAUCUACAAUGAUUGCUUUUCCAAGUCUCUUAAUAUCUUUGGGUCAUCCUGGAGUGUACGGCCGAUGUUUACUUAUAAUUGGACUGAAGAGACGCUUCGGGGGAACCCUGUUCUACAGCUGAACCCAGCCCUCCCUGGAGUGUUUGGUGGACCAUACCCUUUUGGCAUUGAUCCAAUUUGGAACAUUGCUACCAAUAAACUGACCUUCUUGAACUCCUUUAAGAUGAAGAUGUCUGUUAUCCUUGGUAUCAUCCAUAUGCUGUUUGGAGUCAGCCUGAGCCUGUUCAACCAUAUCUAUUUCAAGAAGCCCCUGAAUAUCUACUUUGGAUUUAUUCCUGAAAUAAUCUUCAUGACCUCUUUGUUUGGCUAUUUGGUUAUCCUUAUUUUUUACAAGUGGACGGCCUAUGAUGCUCAUACAUCUGAGAAUGCACCAAGCCUUCUGAUCCAUUUCAUAAACAUGUUCCUCUUUUCCUACCCAGAGUCUGGUUAUUCAAUGUUGUAUUCUGGACAGAAAGGAAUUCAGUGUUUCCUGGUAGUGGUUGCACUACUCUGUGUACCUUGGAUGCUGCUGUUUAAACCACUGGUCCUUCGCCGUCAGUAUCUGAGGCGAAAGCAUUUGGGAACUCUCAACUUUGGUGGGAUCAGGGUGGGCAACGGACCGACAGAGGAGGAUGCUGAGAUUAUUCAGCAUGACCAGCUCUCCACCCACUCAGAGGACGCAGACGAGUUUGACUUUGGGGACACCAUGGUCCACCAGGCCAUCCACACCAUCGAGUACUGCCUGGGCUGCAUCUCCAACACUGCCUCCUACUUGCGGCUCUGGGCCCUCAGCCUUGCUCAUGCGCAGCUGUCUGAGGUGCUUUGGACCAUGGUGAUCCACAUCGGCCUGAGCGUGAAGAGCCUGGCAGGAGGUUUGGCGCUGUUCUUCAUCUUUGCUGCCUUUGCCACCCUGACCGUGGCCAUCCUCCUGAUCAUGGAGGGCCUCUCGGCCUUUCUCCAUGCACUGCGCUUACACUGGGUUGAGUUCCAGAAUAAAUUCUACAGCGGGACCGGUUUCAAGUUCCUACCCUUCUCCUUCGAGCAUAUUCGGGAAGGGAAGUUGGAAGAGUGAGCCCCUGUGAGGGCCGUGUGCCCCGUGCUGCCCUCCCCGCCUUCCUCCACAGUGAUCAGCUGUGCUUCUCUGCCUGUGGUUGUGAGCUGUGGGCACCAGCUCAUUCGUGGCACCUGUCUGUGAGUCAUUUAGAUAGAAUAGUCCUCCCUGGGCCUCCCAUCACCCCUAGCUUUGUGUGUAGUGUAGUGAUUUUCUUGCAGUCACUUGUACCCACUGGGCACCAACCUUGCCCUCUUAGCUUCCAUCCAUCCAGACAGCCCUUUCCGCCUCCUGGUGGUGAGCCAGUCUGCAUUCCCAUGCCAUCCCAAAGUCCGUUCAUCUUCCCCGUGCAUUGUCGAUGGAAGGAGCACCCAUGACAUUCAUAUCUAGACUUUGAGUUCCCUGCAUCUGCCACUGUAGUUUCUAGCAGGAGUAGUGGGGGGAAGCAAUACAGGCUCUCCCCUAGAAGGGGACACUGGUAACAUGUCCCACUCUUGGGUUAGCAGGGGGUGGGUCCAGGAAGGUGAUAUUUGCGUCCUUUGCCCACCCCCUUCUCGUGCUUGUUAAUCAGGCAUUCAGCUGGACCCAACUAGGUCAUCAUGAGUGGCUUCUCCCUGUCACCCCCAGGGGUCAUAGGAUAUCUAUCUCCCUGACCCCACCCUGCGCUCCCACCUUCUCCUCUCUCCCCGUUCACGUUCUGCACUACAUAGCACAGCCGGGAGUGCUUGGAACAGAGGCCUUGGCUGCUCCGCAGUGCACAGGGCUUCCCUCCCCCAGGGUUGGCUUCUUCCCAGGCCUUGCAUGGGCCCUGCCCACAAGCACACCCUCAGGCCAAGGGUGCAGACUGAUGCUCUUCCCUGGUGGAGACCCUGAGAUCUUCCCCACCCACAAUCAUGGUGUCUUCAGUGUGGGACUGGGGACCUCUUGGUUCUGCCUGCCUGGCUCUGCCCCCCAGUGCCCCCUCCUCACCACACUGGCCCCAGGUCUCAGGAGGGGUGUCCUGGGCAGGGAAGGUCAGUGUCACUGAUGGUUUGCUGUUUGGAGGCCACUGACAGGGCUUCCGUGCAUGUGGCUGUGAGGGCUGCACAGCCCUGCCAAGGGGCUUCCUCCCCGUCACCCCGAACCUUGUAACCAUGUGCUGGUGUGGCAGCCCCAGCUAAGUUAAUCCCCACUGCUUUCAGUGGGAGAAAGAAUUCCCUGAGUGGGCCAGGCUGGUGUCCUCCUCCCACCCUGGCUUUUCUGAGUGAGCUGCCUGGAGCCCUCAUCCCCUCUCAGGCUGGGCUGGCCCUGGGCGGGGCCACUGUGUGCUUGUCCACUGUGACCUGACCCGACCUUGUGCAGCCCCCCGCCCUGGUGUCCUGGGUUUUUGUGAUGAUCUUUGCUCUGUUUCCAGUGGGGUUUGAAGCAUAGUUCAGGGAACCCUGCCCAAGGCCCUCCUGUUCAGACAUUCCUAUGUUGAAUAAAGUAUGUUUGACUCCCCC